AUGCCGCCCAUUUGUAAAGAUGAAGACAGAAUCCAGUCAAGUGGUGACGGUGUUGCAACUGAAGGAGAAGAAGAAGAGGAAGAAGGAGAAGGAGAAUUGAUGCGCCAUUCUAUGAGGAAACAAGACAAGGAGCAGGAAGAAAUAAUACCUCAUUCAAUUAUUAGUGAGGAUACAAGUAAAGGAAAUGACCAAUUGACACCAUAUAUAACAAAAUGCUAUGGACAUCUUGAGACAUUAAGGAAACGAAAACGUGAGCAGGAAGAGCAAGUCGAGACGUUGGUGGAAGGUGGAGAGCAAUUGAAUCGAGAUAAUACAUUUGGACAGAUUGAAGCCAUUAUGCAGGAAAUGAUGCGUGGAUUCCAGGAACGUCAUGCUGCAUCACAUGCACAAUUUGAAGCUACGGACACGAAACUCGCACGUAGUUUACGUGAACAUAAUCAGAUGGAAAAGAAACUCAAGAUGAUUGCAGCAAUUCUACUGCGUGAGGACGACAACGAGCAAGAGCUCGAGUAG